CUGGACUUGUACGGAGGAUACCCGAUCGUUAGCAGUUCCUACACGUACGCAUCUGUCUCUCGGCACGAAUUGGGGCACGAUAUCCUCAAUAGCGCUCCAAGAACUCCAAGACUAGACUCUUUUUCCCUUGGGUGACGCAUUCCGACAACGGAGGCAGACGUUGGCCAGUCGGUAAAAGACUCAUGUGCUUGGGAACUGUACCUACCUUAAGCUAAGCGUUCUCUUUGGAUGGACUGAAGCCGAGAAUUGACCACGAGGGCGUAGCUUGUUGGCAAAGACGGAAAUGUAGUUCCACUUUGCUACGAUACUAUGCGACUCUCUCGGCUGACAGAUGCCGAGCAAACUUCUGGGUUCGACAGCUAUUGAAAAUUCUCUAAUAUGGGAAAGCCCUUUGGAUUAGGUACGUUGGUACUGGAUGCCAAUUGGAGAUCGUACGUCCGAACCAUGGUAUUCACCGAGAACUGUUGAGUGAUACUAUACACGCAGGAAAUUUGUUAAUUAUAUCGAUACUGCGUGCUGUAUCAUCUAUCUCUUCAAAAGUCGCUUCGCAUGACACUCUCACUUCAAAUCUUGUCAAAUAUUCAGGCAGCAAAUUGACCAUGAAGACUUUCAGCUUCAGAUGGUCCUGGAUGACUUCACGUUUCUUUUGCUCCAACAAUGGUGAAGCUGUUUGCACACCCGUUUCCUGCGCCCCGGUUACACUUCCGCACCAAUAACUGUUCUAAAUCUGAAUUCUCUCGGUCUUUUGCGCGCUCCAGGCCACUUCCUCGGCCAUGCCAACCGAUACCACGAGCGGAAUCACCGAUGCAAGCAAAUUGCAAGAGAUGUUGGCGGGAAGGAAAAGUGGGACUUUCAAUAGCAAGAGAACAACCGGACAACCUAACAAACCCCCGGUCAAGGCCUCCACUCCAGGCGAGCUCUCGUCUACAUACCUAUCAGCUAGAAGGGCUCAAUGGAUCAUGAUCUCUACAGGUG